CCGAGCCUAAAAAUCGAGGAGCGGGUGGGGGUGUGGGGGUGUGUUGUGUGGCUGAGCGGUUCGAAAAACGAAAUUAAAAAAAGAAAAAAAGCCCGCUUGGCUUCAUCCUUCUUGAUUUGCGCUCCCCGAAGGAGAUCCCCGAAGGAAGAGCCGCUGGGUGGAUGAGAAGCGGUGGAACCAGGACCUCGGAGCGUUCGAAGGGGCGGGGUAUGGCCGGGGUUGGUUGCUGAAGGCGGUGGGCCGGUUGCGCGAUCAGGGCUGCAAAGAAGCCCUUACUUGCGCGGGUCCCCCGUUGUCAUGGAGCUCACGAGUAGCAACAUUCAGGUGUUGCUUCAAGCGGCCGACUACUUGGAGCGCAGAGAGAGAGAAGCCGAACACGGCUAUGCUGCUCUCUCGCCUUCUUGCGGACCAGAUCCGUUACCAUCGCAGAGGAGGCCGAAAACGCGAAAGGCCCCGAGAAACCUCCGGUCUGUACACAAUGAGCUGGAGAAACACAGAAGGGCCCAGCUAAGGCAGUGUUUAGAACAGUUGAAGCAGCAGAUCCCCACAAAUACACAGCAUUCUCGUUACACAAUGCUUAGUCUCCUGCAUCGUGCCAGAUUGCACAUUAAAAAGCUAGAAUACCAGGAACAGAAAGCUCAACAAAUGAAAGAGAGGCUACGUUGUGAGCAGCAGAAUUUGCACCAGCGUUUAGAAGAAUUGCAAGCCCAUCUGAAUAUGGAACAGGCAGAAGCAGAUAGCCUGGAUUCUUCUCGGUUCUCCUCUGAGCAUUCUGACUCAGAAGAUGAAGUGGAUGUAGAAAGCCUGGCAUCUGCUAGCAUUGGAGAUGUCGUGGCUGCCGUCAGUACUCAGCAGGAGCACAGCUAUUCCAAUGUCAGCAACUUCUGGUUAUGGACAGAAGUUCAAUUAGGAGGACAGCAUUCAUCUAGACAAGCUUCAGGCUUUUCAGAAAUUACUUCAUGGCAUGGUUUAUAAGACUUGUUUUCUGUAAGUAAAGAGGAACCCCCCCUUUCUU